UGGCCGACACUUAUCGCACCAGAUAUAAUUGAACCUCGUGCCAGUUGUCUGCUCUACUCACACCAAGUGUCAAGACGGACAGAAGAUUCUCACAAACGAGGUCAAGACCAAAUCAGGCAUCAUGGUUAAAGUUGGUAUCAACGGAUUCGGCCGCAUUGGGCGUCUGGUGACCCGUGCUGCUUUCCAAUCCAAGAAAGUGGAGAUUGUGGCCAUCAAUGACCCAUUCAUUGACCUUGAUUACAUGGUUUACAUGUUUUUGUAUGACUCUACCCAUGGAAAAUACAAGGGUGAGGUUAAGGCUGAAGGAGGCAAGUUAAUCAUCGAUGGUCAUUCUAUCACAGUCUUUAGCGAGAGAGACCCAGCCAACAUCAAAUGGGGUGAUGCAGGUGCCGACUAUGUUGUGGAGUCCACCGGUGUCUUCACCACCAUUGAGAAGGCUUCUGCUCACCUUAAGGGUGGUGCUAAGAGGGUCAUCAUCUCUGCCCCCAGUGCUGAUGCCCCCAUGUUCGUCAUGGGUGUCAACCAUGAGAAAUAUGAUAAUUCCCUUAAAGUUGUCAGCAAUGCCUCAUGCACUACCAACUGUCUGGCUCCCUUGGCCAAGGUCAUCAAUGAUAACUUUGUCAUCGUUGAGGGUCUUAUGAGCACUGUUCAUGCUAUCACUGCCACACAGAAGACUGUUGAUGGGCCCUCUGGAAAGCUCUGGAGGGACGGCCGUGGUGCCAGUCAGAACAUUAUCCCAGCUUCCACUGGGGCUGCCAAGGCUGUGGGAAAAGUCAUUCCUGAGCUCAACGGAAAGCUUACUGGUAUGGCCUUCCGCGUCCCAACCCCCAAUGUCUCCGUGGUGGAUCUGACCGUCCGCCUUGAGAAACCAGCCAAGUAUGAUGACAUCAAGAAAGUGGUCAAGGCUGCAGCUGAUGGACCCAUGAAGGGCAUUCUUGGAUACACAGAUCACCAGGUGGUGUCCAGUGACUUCAAUGGAGAUUGUCGCUCCUCCAUCUUUGAUGCUGGUGCUGGCAUCGCCCUCAAUGAUCACUUUGUCAAACUGGUCACGUGGUACGACAAUGAGUUUGGUUACAGCAACCGUGUCUGUGACCUGAUGGCACACAUGGCCUCGAAGGAGUAAAUGUGACCUUUUUCACCUUUUGAUACGUGAUCCACCAGUCUCCCAUCUGAUUGAAUGCCUGCCUCACAUAUGCCUGGAAGGAAGUUACAUGCUUUAUUUGAAGACCAAUGUUAUUUUUAUAUGUAAACGCUCUGUUCUGUUUGUGUGAGAAUUAAAAUGGACGUUGACUUCAAAAGGCAUUUCUGUCUGCUUACAACCUGUGAUGGAAUAAAGUCCUCUGUUUGUGAGAAUUGGAGAAAAAAAAAAAAAUCUGUUGUCUGUAAU